AUGCAAAUUAAGAUUGAAUUUCCAGACACAAAAUAUACUUAGUUAAUUUUUGAGUCUAAAUUACACUGGUCUAUAAACAAUCUAGCAAUAAUUGAUAUACCAAAAUAUUAUUUUUAUUUUUGA